AGGAGGACCAGAAAAGCUUAUAUAAUCCAAAUUCCAACAUCUAUAUAAAUAAUUUCAUCUCCCUACUUCCCUUCCAGGAAAGUAUUCUGAAAGCACUCCAUGUUCUUUAACCUCGUGCAGGUAAUUGCAGUGAGCAGAGAUCUGAGAAGUCCAACUGAUAAUGGAGUAUAACACAGAAUCUAAGCACAACAUUGUUUCUGAAAACUCAGCCAUUUCAACAAUUCCUUUACUAAAUCCCCCACCUAAAUUUUAGUUUGCUGCUCAAAACAGCCAGCCAAUCUCAUGGAAUCUAACUCCAAGCAAGAGAUUCCAAAGGCUUGGCUACAUACAUGCAAGCAUGGCAAAUCCAUCAGUUUAGGCAGUUCAAAAGUCCAGGAGCCUUGGCUGUGCCUCUGAUUUAAUGACUUUAUCUGUUCAACAGGCUCCUGACAGCUGUCACACUUGCUUUAAAAUGAAGCUAUUGAAGUGGACUUUGGGUGUCCUGCUGUUCCUGCUGCUGUCUAUCGGGCGCUGUAUGGAGCAAUCCACGCCGAGUAAGACGCCCCAGCUGAGGCAGCCUCGUUCAGCAGACGGGGGAGGAGAAGGGAAGAAAUGUGGCUACACCUUCCUGGUCCCAGAACAAAAAAUCACAGGGCCAAUCUGCGUGAACACCAACGGCCCGGGCACUGGGAACAGGAAAGAUGAAGUCACCAGGAUGGACAUCGAGAACCUGAAGGAUGUGCUGUCCAAGCAGAAGCGGGAGAUUGACAUUCUGCAGUUGGUGGUGGAUGUGGAUGGGAACAUCGUGAACGAAGUCAAGCUGCUGAGGAAAGAAAGUCGGAACAUGAACUCGCGCGUGACCCAACUGUACAUGCAACUCCUGCACGAGAUAAUUCGCAAGCGCGACAACUCGCUUGAGCUUUCCCAGCUGGAAAACAAAGUCCUUAAUGUUACAACGGAAAUGCUGAAGAUGGCAACAAAAUACAAGGAGCUGGAGGUAAAAUACGCGGCGCUAACCGACCUGGUAAACAACCAGUCCGUGACUAUCUCGCUGCUGGAGGAGCAGUGCCUGAGGAUCUUCUCGCGCCAGGACCCGCACGGGUCGCCGCCCCUGGUGCAGGUGGUGCCGCAGCACAUCCCCAACAGCCAGCCCUACACGCCCGGCCUGCUGGGAGGCAACGAGAUCCAGAGGGACCCAGGCUACCCCCGGGACAGAGAUGUACGGCCACCACCCGACCCCGCCACUUCUCCCACAAAGAGUCCCUUCAGAGCACCACCUCCGGCUUUGAUUAACGAGGGUCCAUUCAAAGACUGCCAACAAGCCAGGGAAGCUGGGCAUGCCAACAGUGGCAUUUACAUGAUCAAACCCAAAAACAGCAACGAGCCAAUGCAACUCUGGUGUGAGAACAGCCUGGACCCAGGAGGAUGGGCAGUUAUUCAGAAGAGGACAGAUGGAUCUGUCAACUUUUUCAGGAACUGGGACAGUUACAAGAAAGGAUUUGGGAACAUUGAUGGAGAGUACUGGCUGGGACUGGAAAACAUGUACAUGCUCACCAAUCAGGAUAAUUACAGACUCUUGAUUGAGCUGGAGGACUGGAGCAACAAGAAGGUUUAUGCAGAGUACAGCAGCUUCCGCCUGGAGCCCGAGAGCGAAUUCUACCGCCUGCGCCUGGGCACGUACCAGGGCAACGCCGGAGACUCCAUGAUAUGGCACAAUGGGAAGCAGUUCACAACACUGGACAGGGACAGGGACAUGUAUUCAGGAAACUGUGCUCACUUCCACAAGGGCGGCUGGUGGUACAACGCAUGUGCCCACUCCAACCUCAACGGGGUCUGGUACCGAGGGGGCCACUACAGGAGCAAGUACCAGGAUGGAAUAUUCUGGGCUGAGUACCGGGGGGGUUCCUACUCCCUGAAAGCAGUUCAGAUGAUGAUCAGACCUAUAGACUGA